GGCUCUGCAGAGUGACGUGACAUCAGCUGACUGCGGUCACAGGAGAAGUCGUUUCCUCCGUCGACCUUCGUCUCGGUGAAUUUCUCCGGUUUGUUUCUCCGUUCCAGCGCCGCUGUCCGCAGCUCCUCUUUCUGCCAUGGCGAGCCAGUCUCAGGGCAUCCAGCAGCUGCUACAGGCCGAGAAGAGAGCGGCCGAGAAGGUGGCGGAGGCCCGCAAACGUAAGAACCGUCGUCUGAAGCAGGCGAAGGAAGAAGCUCAGGCUGAGAUUGAACAGUAUCGUCUGCAGAGAGAGAAGGAGUUUAAGACCAAAGAAGCGGCUGCCCUCGGUUCCCAUGGUAACAGCGCGGUGGAGGUGGACCGGGACACGGCGGAGCGGAUGGGUCGGAUCCAGAACAGUUACCGUGGUAACCGGGAGGCGGUGCUGGGCGAGCUGCUGCGACGCGUCUGCGACAUCCAGCCCGAGUUUCACGCCAACUACCGCGUGGCUGGCUGAGGGGGCGGGGCCACGACUCAGCGGCGGGCAGGUGGAGACCGGAGGGGGGCGGGGCAAACAGAGGAGACGCAGGUGUUAGCAUCAUUAGCUUCGUUAGCUUCGAUCAGAGCUGAAACCUUCUCAGUUCAGUUUCAGUUUUCCUCAGCACAGAAUAAAUAUCAGAACGUUUUAUUUUGAAGGUGACUUCCUGCUGUUUUCCUGCUCCGUACAGAGAACAUAAAUACAUGUUGGUGUUACUGUGUCGAUGUUUACCAGAUAUUUAUAUAUCAGAAAUAAAACUCUGUUUUUGUUAAAUCUUUAACUCUUUCCUGAACUUAACAAAAUGAAAGUCUUAUCUUUCUCAGGUGAGAGAAUCAGCCAAUCAGGUGUCAGGAGAAUUAAACUAAAUGUAAUCAGUUGAUUCUGAUUGGCUGGAAUAAGUGGAGGCUUUUAUUUUGAAAUUCUCAUCAAAUUCCAUUUUUUGUUGUUUCUAGUGUGACCAUGUGACUUCCUGUUGAUGUUUGUGAAGUGAUGGUGAUGAAAAAUAUUAAAGUGACUGUUGAUUGGCUGAAA